AUCUGUUUCCUUCACUAACUUGAACUCUAGAAGCAGUUUGGGUCGAAUCAUGGCAGUUUUAGACGUUUUGCUGCAGUCCUCCUCGGCCUCCCUGCUGGUGGCUCUGCUGGUCCUUGUGCUCAUGUAUCUACUGUCUUCUUCCCACUUCACUUCCAAAAAGCCUGGCAAGGAUCCACCAGGGCCACGAGGCCUCCCGGUGCUCGGGAACCUCCUGCAGAUCGACUUGAAGAAGCCGUAUCACACGUUCGUGCAGUUGUCUAAGAAAUAUGGAUCAGUCUUUACGAUCUACCUCGGACCCAAAAAGGUGGUGAUCCUGACCGGGUACAAGACGGUGAAGGAGGCGCUCGUUCAACACGAUGAGGAGUUUGGAGAACGGGAGGUCUUCCCACUUUUGGCAGAAUUCAGCCAAGGCCAUGGGGUUUUAUGGUCAAAUGGUGAGUCGUGGAAGGAAAUGCGGCGCUUUGCUUUGACCAACCUCAGAGACUUUGGGAUGGGAAAGAAGGCUUGUGAGGACAAGAUCGUUGAGGAAUGUCAGCACCUCACUGAAGUUUUUAAGGAGUUCAAAGGUCUUCAGCAACAGCGCUUCAGUCCGUCUUUGUCAGAGAAGGAGGCAAAGUCACUUUAA